AUGAUCGCCGCACUGCUACUACAGCCCGUGCUAUCCGAAGGCGAAGGUGGAGCAAUGGAAGCAGUGAUCGGCGCGGUCUUGGAACGGCUGAAUCGAACCUCUGGCAUUGUCUGUCACGAGGAGACCAUUGGCGACUACGCGACCUUCCUGAACCUGCAAAAGAAUAUCAGCGGCAACGAAGCAAACAGGCCUGGCUGUACAUAUCAAAUGGUCGACACCGAGUACUUCCUCGCGCCUCUGGUCGAAGCCUACUUCCUGAAGACAGAGACUGGACGAAGUCGCAGCCAAGCAUUCUUCGCCACGAAAGCAACCACAGACUUCGGCAACGCAGGCCUCACCUACGGAGAGCUCUUCUCCAUCAACAUCGAAGCCAUCAUCAACAUGACCACCCCCUUCGCCCAGCCAGGCGGCCAAACCAAAGAGAACCUAAUCCACCUCCAAGACGGCGAAGUAGUAGGCCAAUGGCGCGACAGCACCUACGGCAUCGGCGGCGGCCGCAUUCCCUACGACGUCAACACCGCCCUCGUGCCCGCUGCCCUCCACGCAAUCGGCAACCUCGCCACGGCCAACUUCUUCCCCGCCCACCCCUCCUGGUCCGAGACAGCAACCACCUCCGCGCAAAUCUGGCAAGACAACCCCCUCGCCUUCUUCCGCAUCACCAUCCCACCAGCAGACGCAAACUCCCUCGUCCAAACCUACGCCACUACCAUCAACCUCUCCCCCUCCCUCUCCAUCCCCUCCAUCACGGACGCCAUAACCUUCCACGCCCUGGCCCUCGACGGAAACAACAACCAACCCCUCGUCCACAUCAUGAACACCGACGAUUGCUUCCGCCUUUUCCUCCUCAACUCCACAACCGACUCCCAACUCACCCCCUUCCUCAACCAAACCGCCACCAACAUCCUGGCCCCCUUUCCGGUAGGCCUGAGUAAUCCCGUCGGCCUCCUGAUCGCGAAUCCGGCCUAUGGUGGCGAUGCUGUGUAUGCGGCGAGUUUCACGAAUAAUGCGUAUCACGGGACGGUCGUGUGGAUUUGGCAGAUGGCGAUGAUGGGAGCGGGGCUGGAGAGGCAGUUGGUGCGGUGUGGUGAAGGAGAGGGAGAGGUGCCGGGAUUUUGUGGGGAUGAGGGGGUGCGUGGGAAUGUUUUGGCGGCUUAUAAUCAUCUUUGGGAUCUGAUUGAGAUGAAUGAGGCGUAUAUUAAUAAUGAAGUGUGGAGCUGGGUCUUCCAGGAUGGGGAUUUUACCUUCGAGGCGCUGGGGGGCUUUGCCGCCGCCGGCGGGGUUGGAUCCAACCGAGAGUAA